AUGCCCCAAAACAGUUUAGCAUCAUCAUACCAUAAUCAAGUUAUUGGAGUUGAAGAAAAUGAUAGCUGUUCUGUACCCGCGGCUCCACGAUGUGACUUCCUGCAUUCAACUCAACUAGACCCAUUUCUGGAUUUUCAACCUUCGCAGAUUUUUCGGAGUUCUCAGUAUGGAAAUUCAACGCAGAGCAAACGCCAACAAAUGGAGGAAAACAUUUUUGGUACACCACAAGAAAAGUUACCAAAUACUUCACAUUUACAACUAUCCCAAAGACGACAGCUAUUCAAACCACCGAUAAAGACAUCAUCUACUCAACUGGAUGGCGGCAAUAUUGUUUCCUUUCAUAAAAAUGACAACCAAGGCGACAAAUUUCGCGUGCAGCAGAUAUCUCAGCCUGACAAGGAUUUGACUUCUGUUCAGCGAGACAAUAAUAUUCAGAUUGUGACUCCAUCUGCCAUACCUUCGUUGAAGAAAAGUUAUUACACUCCUUCUCCACUUGUUUUAAACCAGGGAAAUGUUGCUGGUGUAAAGCUGAAGUCUGUAGAUGAGAUAGCUGAAAAAUACAGAGGCGUAUUCAAGUUUCCAUUCUUCAACAUCAUCCAGUCUAAAGUCUUUGAUGAGGUUUUCUACAAGGACAACCCACUUGUUGUGUGUGCACCGACUGGCGCGGGAAAGACAGUGGUGUUCGAGCUGGCAAUCGUUCGCUUGUUGAUGAAGAUGGAACAAAUGUCGUUCAACACGAAUUUCAAAAUCGUUUAUAUGGCUCCCAUCAAAGCUUUAUGCAGCGAGCGUUGCUCUGAUUGGUCAGAUAAGUUUGGAAGUUUCGGAUUGAAAUGCCAGGAACUAACUGGAGACUCUGAGCAGGAUGAUUACUACCACAUUCAACAAGUCAACAUUAUCUGCACCACUCCAGAAAAAUGGGAUAGUAUGACUCGGAGAUGGAGAGAUAAUAAAUCUAUUGUGCAGUCAAUUUGUCUCUUCUUCAUUGACGAGAUUCAUGUUCUCAGUGAUGCCACUCGAGGUGCAACAAUGGAGGCAGUGAUUUCAAGAAUGAAAACCAUUCAAGCAGCCAGAAAUAGAGCUGUAGAGAGUGCUGGACAAACAAUUCCUCAGCUAAGAUUUGUUGCUGUAUCUGCUACAAUACCAAAUAUAAAAGAUAUUGCAGAAUGGCUUGGAGACAAAAUGCCUGCAGUUCAUUUUAAUAUGGACGACAGUUUCCGACCAGUGCGCCUAAGGAAGGUGGUGCUGGGAUUUCCGUUUGAUGAAAACAAGGGCUCUGAUUUCCAGUUUGACAUGUCACUGAACUACAGACUCCCACGAAUCAUUAACACCUACUCCGAGAACAAACCAACUCUUGUGUUUUGUUCAACAAGGAAAAGUACUCAGCAAGCUGCUGAGAUCCUGUUAAAAGAUAACGGAAGUACAUAUGUAAGAACUUAUUUCCAAAAAGAAGCCUUGCAGACGUGUGCCAAUUCCCUGAAAGACAAUAAACUCAGAGAUCUUGUAGCACGGGGAGUGGGUUACCAUCAUGCUGGUCUUGAUGUACAUGACAGGAAAGCCAUAGAAGAAAUUUUUCUCGAGGGACAACUGAUGGUGUUAGUGGCCACUAGUACACUAGCGAUGGGUGUUAAUCUCCCUGCUCAUCUUGUGAUCUUAAAGUCGACUUCCUACUACAAUCUUGGUGUUCACGUGGAAUACUCAGACACCCAGAUUCUGCAAAUGAUUGGUCGGGCUGGAAGACCACAGUUUGACACAACAGCUACUGCAGUAAUCAUGACCAAGAACCAAACAAAGGACAAAUAUGAAUCAUUGGUGAAUGGAACACAGCUGAUAGAGAGUAGUUUGCACAAAAAUCUUAUUGAACACUUGAAUGCAGAGAUAGUUUUGCACACGAUCAAUGACAUUUCCAUAGCGAUGGAGUGGAUUCGAUAUACUUUCUUGUACAUUCGUGUCAUGAAAAACCCGAAAAACUAUGGCAUGCCUAUUGGAUUAAACAAAGAACAGAUAGAAAAGAGGCUGCAGGAAUUAUGCAUGAAAAACUUGAACCUACUGAAUACGUAUGGAAUGAUCACAAUGGACGAAGAAACCAUCGAUGUCAAACCAACUGAACCUGGGAAGCUGAUGGCGAGAUAUUGCAUUGCUUUUGAAACUAUGAAAAAGUUUUCCAAGCUGGGACCAACGGAAACGAUAAGCGAACUGUUGUAUGAGCUGUCUGGAUGUGAGGAGUUUACUGAGGUACAGCUGAGGAAUAACGAGAAGAAAACCCUGAACAUGUUUAACAGAGACAAGAACUGGGUCACCGUCAGGUAUCCUCUAACAGGCAGAGUGAAAACUAAGCAAAUGAAGGUUAACAUUCUUAUUCAAGUUGGUCUUGGGUGUCUGCUUUUACAAGACUUCUCCCUUCAGCAAGACACAACCAGGAUAUUCAGGGCAGCUCAAAGGGUGUCAAGAUGUUUGGUGGAAUUAUUUUGGCUCAAAGCUGAUUACAAGUCCCUUCUGAGUGCAGUCCAACUGAUGAAGUGUCUGAAAGCUCGGCUCUGGGAAGACUCCAAAUACGUUUCAAAACAGUUGGACGGCAUCGGCCCUGCUCUUUCAAAUGCGCUCGUCAAUGCGGGGAUCACAUCAUUUCAAAAGAUUUUAGAGUCAAAUCCAAGGGAACUAGAAUUGAUCGUUAACAGACACCCACCUUUUGGAAAUCAGCUGAGGGAUUUUGUGUCCUGUCUACCUAAGUAUGAACUGACAAUAGAACAGGUCAGCAAAUAUCAUGAAAUCUUGGCUGACAUAGUCAUCCAUCUCGUCAUCAGCAAUCCAGAACAACUGAGUACCCGGAAGACACUCCCAGAUAAUCACACAUGCGUACUCCUCAUCGGGGAUGAGGACAACAAAGUUAUCUACAAAAGGAAAAUAAUGGAUGUACUCUUGCUGAAAGAACAUGAUAUUACAAAGAAAUUGGAGAUAAAACGAGCAGAAAAAGGACCAGAACUGUAUAUAAACCUGAUCAGUCAGGAAUGGGUUGGACUUGAUGUGCAAAGCUCAUACACACCCUAUUACAUCGGAGCAAAAAGGGUUUCAAACAUUUCAAAUGCAAUUGAAUCAAAUCCCAAGCGUCAGGUUGAUAACCAAAAGGGAACACCUUGUUGUACAGAAGAUCGUAAGGCUUGUGGUCAUAGAUGUAUGAAUAAGUCCUUGUGCGGACAUGACUGCUGUAGGAAUGGAGUGACAAAACAAAGACCUUCAAAGACCAGUAGUAAAACACCCGUUGUCUCAAAACCGAAACCAAUGGAUUCAUACAUUAGUAAUCUAAAAAGCAGAAUUCCAGAAACACCUAACCAUGCCAAGCGAUUAAAGAUGUCUGGUUCCACAAGCUUAGGUCCAGAACUGGAUCUUAAUGUAUUUGCUCAUCAACCACAAACAAAGAAAAUGCCAUCUUUCCGUAAUUCUGGCAUUGAUGAAUUUGAAAGUGAAGAAGAUGGAAGAACUUUGGUGGAUUUAGAAUGUGAGCGUCCAAAUACUCCACAUGAGCAACUAGCGAACAGAAGCUUGUUUUUCUCUCCUAGUGAAGACUGGACAGACUUAGAUAUGUAUAUGAAACAUCAGCAUACAGUUGAUGACGAAUUGCCUGAGCUGGAAGAGGAAUCUUUCGCUAUUGAUGAUGAAGCAGAAUUUGAAAGAUCACAGGAAAGAGCUGUUGACAAUCUCGUGCAACCUUAUUGCCAGGCCACACCUCGAUUUGGUCAAGUUGUCGCAUGGAGUAACAAUAAAGAGAAUAUCAGACCAUGUUCUAUUACUGGUGAAAAGGAUGAAAAACAGAAAUGUACUCAAGCAUUGUGGGGUCUUAAUCAGAAUACUUUGUCUGCACUGACAAAAUCCAGUGGGGAUAGCAAUGAGUAUUUUAAUCAGAAGGCUCGGGGGAAUGCCACAGAAAAUUAUCACGACAUUCCAAAUAUGGAUGACCAAAAUCAAACCAAGUGUUUGAACAGACAGACGGGCAUAAGCAACAGCGAGAAUAUAGACAUUCCGUAUGUGGGAUUUUCUCAUAGUACACGAAGUACAAAAUCACUUCCUCAGACUGAAUUGUUUCACAAAAACCAGUGGACCAGCAGAUAUAUGCUUGAAAAUCAAAGACAACAGGAGAAACAGAAGACAUAUCCUGUAACAAUAACCAAUGAAACAACUGAUAGUUGGAGUGGAAGCGAAAGCGAAUUUCUCAUCAUUGAUGACCCUGAAUCUAGAGAAAGUUUCUAUGAUGGAAGUGCAGUAGAUCAGAAAAAUUUCUCAACAUUUUCAUCAGAAGGCGAAUCUUUCCAAGAAUCGCGUUCCCCAAGAGUAGACUGUUGUGGAAAGUCAGAGAAAAUAAGGAAAGCCGAGCAGGAAAUGGAACAAUUUUUGUUUGGGUCUAUCGGUCAUUCAAAAGAUGCCUACUUGAAAAAAGGGGAUGAUAAUUCUCACACAAGCAAAGAAAAACAAAGCUUGGUCAUCCAUAACAAAGCCAGGAAUACUCCACAAGAAAGUUUUCAAAUAAUGAAUAAGCAAGGAAUGGGGUUUGAUGGUUGUAUGGCCGAUAAAAUGCCUUAUUUGUCGAAAACCAGAUCUCCUACAAAUUCCACAUAUGGGCGAGGAACAUUCAGUAGUAUAUUUGAUUCCUUGUUUUAAAUUCACAGGUUCAUUAGUUGCUGCCUGCAGAGGAAACAUCAACAGAUGGGACAGAGAAGGAUUGCCAAUGCGGUCCUAGAGAUGCCACCAACUUCUCCCUCAACAACAUGGAUAAAUCUCGUACAAUCUGU